AUGUAUCAUCUUCCAGCAGUCUUCACUCGCAGAUGCUUCGGAUGUAAAAAGCCAAUUGAAGCCUCAGGAGCAGGCGAGGCACAAUGCUACCAUCUGCAAACUAACGACGGUCGCGCUUGGCAUGCUGAGUGUCUGAACUGCUCGUGGUGCAAGUGUCCUCUUUUCAACACCAAAAGUGGACUUUCUUCUCGGUGUUACACCAGAGGUGGCCAGGUUUAUUGUCCUACUGAUUAUUUUCGGUUUUCGCCAUUGAUGAAUGAAAUCAAAACAAUACCAAAAUGUCUGAGCUGUCAACAGCCAAUCAAAACUGGAGAACAAGUGAUUCACAGUCCUCUUCACACCUUCCAUAUUCACUGUUUCUCUUGCGACGUUUGUGGAAAAGAUCUUCUUCCAGGCCAGCCCUACACCCUCCAUGCAAACUAUCCUGUUUGUCUGGAGGAUGAUCUUCGAAUAAGACGAGCCAAUCAAAUGGAACCGUGCCUUCAGCUCCCCUAUUCUCCUUCACAGGCUUUCAUUAGACGGAAACGUGUUCGCACCUCGUUCAACGAACAACAGCAGCACUCUAUGCAAGCAUUCUUCGCACAGAACCAGAACCCCAAUGCUAAUGAUCUCAUGAGUCUUUCCGAGGAGACCGGUCUUGCCAAACGAGUUCUUCAGGUGUGGUUUCAGAAUGCGCGUGCAAAGCAUCGACGCAUUGGAGGCGGCUCCGACCGAAACACGACGAUUUCCUCUGUGGAGGAGUGUGAAUAA